UUCUGUGCCACCCCCAGCACCUAUUGACACUGGACUCUGGCUGGUAGCAGAACUCUGGAAGACAGGGCGAAGAUGGCCUCAGUGCCAGUGUAUUGCCUCUGCCGGCUCCCUUAUGAUGUGACACGCUUCAUGAUCGAGUGUGACACGUGCCAGGACUGGUUUCAUGGCAGUUGUGUUGGUGUUGAAGAAGAGAAGGCUGCUGACAUUGACCUCUACCACUGCCCUAACUGUGAAGUCUUACAUGGACCCUCCAUUAUGAAAAAACGCCGCGUCACUUCAAAAGGACAUGAUUCACACAAGGGGAAGGUAGUAAAGACUGGAAGCACUACAUUCAUUCGAGAACUCCGGAGUAGAAAUUUUGACAGCUCAGAUGAAGUGAUUUUGAAACCCACUGGAAGUCAGCUGACUGUGGAAUUCCUCGAAGAAAAUAGCUUCAGUGUGCCCAUCCUGAUUUUGAAGAAGGAUGGAUUAGGCAUGACACUGCCCUCACCAUCAUUUACUGUGAGGGAUGUGGAACACUAUGUUGGCUCUGACAAAGAAAUUGAUGUUAUUGAUGUGACCCGUCAGGCCGACUGCAAGAUGAAGCUUGGUGAUUUUGUGAAAUACUAUUACAGUGGAAAGAGGGAAAAAAUCCUCAAUGUCAUUAGUUUGGAAUUCUCUGAUACCAGGCUUUCUAACCUUGUGGAGACACCCAAGAUUGUUCGGAAGCUUUCAUGGGUGGAAAACUUGUGGCCAGAGGACUGUGUCUUUGAGAGACCCAAUGUACAGAAGUACUGCCUUAUGAGUGUGCGAGAUAGCUAUACGGACUUUCACAUUGACUUUGGUGGCACCUCUGUGUGGUAUCAUGUGCUCAAGGGGGAGAAGAUAUUUUACCUGAUUCGCCCAACAAAUGCCAACCUGUCUCUUUUUGAGUGCUGGAGCAGUUCCUCUAAUCAGAAUGAGAUGUUCUUUGGGGACCAAGUGGACAAGUGCUACAAGUGUUCUGUAAAACAAGGACAGACACUUUUCAUUCCUACAGGAUGGAUCCAUGCUGUACUGACACCUGUUGACUGCCUUGCAUUUGGAGGGAAUUUCCUUCACAGCCUUAACAUUGAAAUGCAGCUCAAAGCUUAUGAAAUUGAGAAGCGGCUGAGUACAGCAGACCUCUUCAAGUUCCCCAAUUUUGAGACCAUCUGUUGGUAUGUGGGAAAGCACAUCUUGGACAUCUUUCGAGGUUUGCGAGAGAACAGGAGACACCCUGCCUCCUACCUGGUUCAUGGUGGUAAAGCCCUAAACUUGGCCUUUAGAGCCUGGACAAGGAAAGAAGCUCUACCAGACCAUGAGGAUGAAAUUCCGGAGACAGUACGAACUGUACAGCUCAUUAAAGAUCUGGCUAGGGAGAUCCGCCUGGUUGAAUUCAAUAUCGCUGGUACCCGCUUGAAUGAUUCUGAAGAAGACUCACCAGACUUGGACCUGGAUGGGAAUGAGGGUUCACUGACCCUUUUGAUGCCUAAUGGCAGUACCAAGAGGAUGAAGAGUUUAUCCAAGUCUAGGCGAGCAAAGAUCGCAAAGAAGACUAGGCUGAUGGCAGAAAAGGCAUUAGAGGAUGAAUUUGACUUGGAUUCAGAUGAUGACCUGCAGAUUGAUGAGAGACUGGGAAAGAAAGCAGCUCUGAUAAUAAGACCAAAAUUUCCCCGAAAACUGCCCCGUGCAAAGCCUUGCUCUGACCCCAACCGAAUUCGCGAACCUGGAGAAGUAGAGUUUGACAUUGAGGAAGAUUAUACAACAGAUGAAGACAUGGUGGAAGGGGUGGAAGGCAAGCUUGGGAAUGGGAGUGGAGCUGGUGGAAUCCUUGAUCUUCUCAAGGCCAGCAGGCAGGUGGGAGGACCUGACUAUGCUGCCCUUGUUGAGGCCCCUGCCUCUCCAAGUACUCAGGAGGCCAUCCAGGGCAUGCUGUGCAUGGCUAAUUUGCAGUCCUCAUCAUCCUCACCAGCUACAUCCAGCCUGCAGGCCUGGUGGACUGGGGGGCCAGACCGAAGCAGUGGGAGCUCCAGCAGUGGAUUGGGCACAGUGUCUAACAGUCCUGCUUCCCAGCGCACCCCAGGGAAGCGGCCAAUCAAGCGUCCAGCAUAUUGGAGAACCGAGAGCGAGGAAGAAGAAAAUGCCAGUCUGGAUGAACAGGACAGCUUGGGAACAUGCUUCAAGGAUGCAGAGUAUAUCUAUCCUUCAUUGGAGUCCGAUGAUGAUGAUCCUGCUUUAAAAUGUCGACCCAAAAGAAAGAAGAACUCAGAUGAUGCUCCAUGGAGUCCUAAAGCUCGUGUGACCCCAACUCUACCGAAGCAGGACCGUCCUGUACGAGAGGGAACACGGGUAGCUUCUAUUGAGACAGGCUUGGCUGCAGCAGCUGCAAAAUUGGCCCAGCAGGAACAGCAAAAAGUUCAAAAGAAGAAAUACAUCAAGAAGAAACCAUUGUUGAAGGAACUAGAACAGCCUUGCCCUCAAGACUCCAGUCUUAACAAUGCAGUACCAGCUCCCACUCUGGCCAUUACACCGCAGAUUCUCACCUCUUCAUCUUUGCCGCCUCCUGAGCCUAAACAAGAAGUGCUCUCUGGAAGUCUUGUUGACCAUGAAUAUACUGCUCGCCCCAAUACUUUUGGUAUGGCCCAGGCAAACCGUAGCACCACACCUAUGGCCCCUGGUGUUUUCUUGACUCAGCGACGUCCUUCAGUUGGCUCACAGAGCAAUCAAGCAGGACAAGGAAAGCGUCCCAAAAAGGGCCUGGCCACAGCAAAGCAGAGACUUGGCCGUAUUCUGAAAAUCCACAGAAAUGGCAAACUACUCCUGUGAACCUCCUUGUGUGCUGAUCCUGAUCCCUUCAACCCCAUUGCCUUCUCCAUUGUCAACUCUCGGGGCACUCCUGGAUCAUAUUUGCCCCAGACAAGGUGCUGAGGCGCAUUGUCCUGCUUUCUUGGAACUGACCAAAGGCAAAGACUUCCCCCAACACCCUUCCCAACUUCUAAAGCAUCCUGCCUUUUUAUCCAUGCCUGAGUUGCUGUUCAAUGGGAGAUUUCUAGCAAAGUAAUAUCUUCUGCUGCCCCAAUACAUUUUCUAUUCCAUAGGCUUUGUCUGCCCUUUAAUCUCAUCUCCACUUAAGAGAUGGAUUCCCAGAGGAAGAGAGACAUGAAGAGAGCCUGAAUCCCUGGGUAUUUAUUUCCCUGUCCCUGGGAGUCCAACAUUUAACACUUUCCAUAGCUAUAUUCUGUCUCUACUAACUCAUCUACAUCUGCUCUUUCUUUCUUCCCCUUCUCACCCAGUCACCAUGUCACUCACUUCCAGUCUCUGCCCCUUCUUGCCAAAUGUUUCAUGAAAAUAAAAUAAGAGGGCCUAGAGUUUCCUUAUUGCCCCAGUGUAGACCAUUUUAGAAAUGGCCUAGAAGGACCAUGGACUGACUGCACUCAUCCUUGGGAAGAAAAGAGAUUCCUGUCAUUUCUCAGAACAGAGAGAGGAACGAUGCCUAAACCCUUGAUAUGAUUUCAUAGCCCAUUGGAGGGAAUUACUUUAGGGUGGCUAAAAAUGAAGCCCCCUGUAUCAGAGUGAGACACUAGGAUCUUCCAGGAAUGAAGUCCUGAAAUACAUUAUCCAUAUGGCUUUUGCAAAACCCAGCAGGUGAAAAACCAUCUCCAGAAGCUUGAAAGAACCUAUAUCUGAAACAGACAACCCUGGCUUUAUGGCCAGCUAUCUUUACCUAUACCACAGAGGUGGACCUGGACCUUUUCGGAUGUGGCAAGACAGUUCAGCCCUAGGUUCUACAUGGGGAACCUCCUGCUGCUUUUCCCACCUGAAGACCUCAGAACUCACACUUUCAAUCCUGGUCUUUGCACUUCUAGACAUUGAGUCAGCACUCAAAUUAUGUGCAGAAGGGCCACUCAGAAGCUCGCAUAUAGAAGACACACUAUCUGCAAAGGAUCAGAUCAUCAGAUUAACCCUGUUCACUUUGUGUACAUCGCUGUUAUCCAGAAAGUGCCCACCCCCUCCUCUCUCUGCCAUAGUUUCCUCCACUUCUGUUGAUCUUGCCUCCAUGGCGACCUGGACUGGAAGGAGAAUGCCCUUUUCAUUUUAGCGCUAUCCAAGUGGAGCACAUCCUUGCCCUUUAUUCCCCACUUCACACUCACCCCAGUUAGCCCAGUGUUUCUGGGGGUCUUAAUUUUAUGCAGGCCACAGGGCAUGUAUAAUUCUUCCAUUGUAGUCUUUAUGUCUACAGUGUGUCUUUCUUUUCUCCUUAGAUCUGUCUAAGCCAUUUGCUUUUUUUAUCUCGGGGACCCCAGAGGUAAAGCAGUCCUCCAUCUAGUCAUACCAAAGGCAAAAAGCCUGACUACCUCCCCUUAGCAUGUGAGGUCCCCACCUCCCUCCUCUCUGUUUCCACCAUUUUGCCUUUCUUGGAGAUUUCAAGGCAGCAGAGGUAGUGAGGGGAGGGAAGUAUCUCCUGUGUUUCCUGUGUCCCUGAGUAAGCAACUGCCUGAAUAGCUCUGGCUGGUGUCACCAAGACCAGGACCCUAUCCUUUCUGCCCAUUAAUCAGCCCUUGAUAUUUCAAUGGCAGCUAAUUGCUAGCAAAUCUGCCCCACCCCUUCCCUCCUCAUUCUGGGCCUCUUUCUCCUUUCUUUGUAAGAUGUUUCUAUGGAAUUGAAACCCUCCCUCCAUUGGGUUUCAUUUAGUUUAGACUUUAAGAGCCUUCUGUUUUUGUUUCCAAUGAAAAGCAAGUUUACCCUCAUUUUUGCUUUUCCAAAGAGGCUAGUUUGCCCCACCCCACCCCACCCCGUGUUUCAGGUUCUCAGUGAAGUGAUCUGAGAGAGGUUGGGACUGUUAAUAACCAUGGUUUUCCAACAGUUAUUUUUCCACCAUUUUAUACCUAAAGGUGAAUGGAAAUAUUCUGUGGACUGACAAAAUAAUGUUUUGCAUACUGCCUCUUCAACUUGUUAUCACAGGCAGUGCUGUCCCACUCCACUCUGUCAUGUGAUUCAGAUGUACCAUGUUUUAAGUGUCAAUAACUUUUUGAGAACCGGCAGGAAAUUUCUGUAGAUCAUGGACUGACAAUUGAAAACCACUGGUUUAGAACAUGGUGAGAGUUACCUCUACUCUAUAAUUCCCAGCACAGAACUGGGAGUUAGAAAGGGGGCAGAAAGAGAGGAUUUCUAUUCACCUUUAAUAUAUUUUUACCAAAAAAAGCAGUUUAAAGCAAGCCCACCGCUUCUGUACAUGUCUAAAUAUAUUUUUAGAAGUGGGUAGGAUUGUGAAUUUCUGAUGCAGGGCCUUUUUAUAAACAGAUUAGAAUAGCAUUGUACUGACUUCCCUAUUGUUUCUGCCAUGUUUUUUCUUAUGUUGUGUUACUAAUGUAAUUUAUAUUUUUUUUAGAUCCUUCCUUUCCUAUAGAGAUAAAAGUGAUUUAUCUUGGCAA